GCUCUGAGGGACGACUGAGGGUGCUGCUGGGUAGGUGUUUCUCAAAGUCAGGGCUUAUUCGUCCCACACACAGCCAUUGCGACCCCAACCACACGUCCAUCUUUCUUUCUUUCCUUUUUCUUUUAUUUUAUUUCUUUUUAAAAAAAAUAAUAAAUAAAAUAAAUUUAAUAUAAUAUUUUAUUUUUAAUAAUUUGGAUGGUUUUAAUUUCUCUUUCCUACGCAGCUGUCACGUGCGGUCUGAGGUACUUGCCAUCGUGCUUUUCGCUUCUUCUCUGCAACCUGCAACACCACCUCCAGCCAACAGUCACUCAGAAAGAAAAACAAAAAUGAAAAUGAAAAACAAACCAAAACUCCCACACAUACCCACAUUUACAGAGACACAGUUUUUCUUACUUCUUUUACUUUAUAAACUUAACUCCAAAAAUCUCACUCAAAUUCCGAUCAAAUCCCUUCAAUUUUGCCAGAUGGGUUCGUACAGACACUCCCAGUUGCAGGCUUUUUCACAGCCGUCUUUACUAUUACCAUUAAUUGUUUUUUUUAUUAUUAUUAAUCUCUUUCUCUGCUAUAACCAUGCACAAAAGAUGUGCCUCUCAGAACUCUCUCAGACCAACCCCCAUUUCUUCCAUUCAUAGCCUCUGUGACUAAUAAUGGCUCUCUUUUUAAGCCUCAUAAUUACUCUUUCGCUUAAUCUUUAAACCUCCCCAUUAAUCCCUGCAACCUCUAUAUCAUACAUCACAUUUAUGCAGCCGCUGUUUUGUCCAGAAAGUUUCCAUUUUUCUUUUUUUCCUUUUUAUUUUUCUUGGUGGUUCUGGGGCGCAAUUAUCCUUGUCAGAGCGCCUAAUUACUGCCUCUGCCACGGGGCCUUUCGUAUAGCAUUCACACCUAACAUCAUUUGCCGCUUCUUGUUUGUCACUUAUUGCUGUACUCCUGCCUUGCUACUACUGGUAGUACUGUUACCAUUACUAAUACUAGUGCUGCUAUUUCUUUGUUGUUUGUCCAUUUAGCUACAUUUCUAGUGUAAGUUUUAGAGAUUCAAAACAAUAAAAUAAAUUUGGGGUGUCGGUUGCCGCUGGCCGGAAAAUAUUCCGAUCAAUGGCUGGUCAAGUGGGUUGUUCUUCUUCCGUGCCAUCAUUGCCGCCGCCAUGCCCCAAGUCACCUCCAGAGUAUCCAGAUUUGUACGGGAAGCGCCGAGAGACGGCCAAGGUCCAGAUGCUCGAGAGGGAGAUUGGUUUUCUUGAGGAGGAAUUAAGAUCUGUUGAACGCAUUCAACCUUCUUCCACAUGCUGCAAAGAGGUUGCUGAUUUUGUGGUGGCAAAUCCAGAUCCCUUGAUACCUACAAAUAGGAAGAACCGCCGGUCAUGUCGCUUCUGGAAAUGGCUCUGUGAAAUCCCCUGCUUCAACUUCUCAUGGAUUUGCUGCUGCUGUUAUGGUGGGUGCUCCAUUCGCCUAGAAAUGCCGCGCUGCUGGGAUUGCUGUUCAUGCAAUUGCAGUCCAUGUGCUUGCCUCACCUGUCCAAAUUGUCCAAGUUGUCCCACUUGUUCAUGUCUAAGAAUUCCAAAGUGGCAAUGUUGGCAAUGUUCCUCGUGUUUACCAUCCCGGUGCUGUAAAAGGAUAUCAUGCAGCAGAAAUUGUUGCAUAUUUCCAAUUUGUUCAUGGCCUGAAUGCUGUUGCUGCAGAUGCAAAUGCAAAUGCAAUUGCAAAUGCACCCGUCCUAAAUGCCCAAAGGUACACCCUUGUAAUUGCUGUAGCUGUAGCUGUAGCUGUUGUAGCUGUUGCUGUUGUUGUACAAAAACCUGUUGUAACCCUUUCCAACUAUGUUUCUAGUAUUCAUCCAAUCUUUUUUGGAGGCUCGGUUUUACAGCAUGGCUUUUCAUUCUUAACCAUAAUAUAAAUUUUGCAAA